UUUCUCCCUUAAUGAUGGAAGUGGAGACAAAAAAAACAAGGCUAUAUUUGGAGGAUGAAUAUAUGAGCUUUUUGUGAAUGAAGUUGAUUACACAUUCCAACCAGUUACCUGCCUUUUUCCCCAGGAAUGGCUAUUUACACACUAUUUUUCUCCAAAUCCUCUUUGUAUUCUAUGCUCAGUCCCCUCCUUCACUCCUGUUUUGUUUUCCCUAAAUAUUUGUGGAGCUUUGCAAAUGUGCCAGGUAUUUCUCAGAGAUCUCAUGGGCCCUCAAAUCAAUUCAGUUGGUUUCUAUUUUACAACCUUAUGAUCAGUUUUACAUUCUUCUAAUCUAGUGAUGCUCACUGCACCUUGUGACCAUUAAUCCCAUAAUUUAUUUGUAUAAGGAUCGUCUAUUAGUUCUUUGUCUUCAAUGGAUUUACUGUGGCCAUACCAAGAGUUUGCUAAUUCUGUCUGUGCUUCCAAACGAACAGAACCUUCAUAUCCUAUGUUGCUAUCAAAACUCAAUACAUGCAUGAGAGAAAAUGGUAACAUAUACCCAUAUUCCAAUCAGAAACUUUGAUUAUUUGAUUCAGACACAAUCUGAAUGGACCACCCUGCUAAUAUUUUUCUGUGAUCAGAAUGCCUCAGAUAACUAGGAUUGUCAAAUCAGGGCUACAAAAGUCCAGACCACCCCUUGCUGGCAGCAGAAAAAUAGAGCUGCAUCCAAAGCCUUGACAGAUGGGGGUGGGAUAUAAUCUUGGGCAAAGCCCCGCCCGAAAGACACAGCAACCUGCUGUUUCUUUAAAAUGUGUCACAAGACGCUUUUCAAAUGUGGCUUCUCUGGAAUCCCCCGCGUUCAGCGUCCUCCACGAGAAGCAUUGGGAGCUCCAGUACUGCCGUGACCUGGGAAGGUGAGGGCGGACAGGAAGCUCUGCACGGGGGCGUUUCAGUGUGAUCUUUCUGUUUUUCCCAAGUGGGGCGUGGGCACCCGCAGCGCCGCCUCUGCCGUAGAUGCCGCACGUCGGCAGCUGACUGCUCACGUUGGCGGCAGCAGCAAAACGCCGGGGGGGGGGGGCAACCGCCGUUCCUGCCCUCCCCUCCGCCUCCUCCCUCUCCUCGCGUGUCCUCCGAGGCAGCCUCCUUCUUGCUCGAGCCGCUCCCUCCCGCUGCAGGGCGGAGUGUGAGGGUGCCUUUAAAUUGAGUGCGAGGGAGCUGCUGCCUGCUCAGUCUCAUCUGUGAUGUAAGGAGAGAUUUUAGGUGUCUAAACCGAUCGCCUGACUUCGCCUGUCAUUUUCUGCCGGGCACCCUUUCUCUCUGCCACUCCGCCGCUGGGUAGAUGUGCCCUUAAACCACUUCCGCCGCCGAGCAGCAGUUGGCCCGGACCUCAUCUCUGUCCCUCUGCCCAGCUUGACCUGCUGGUGCGCGCUCCGCUCCUUGCUCUCCCGGGUACGCAGGCAUGGAAGAGGAGGAGGAGUGCAGGGUGCUCUCCAUCCAGAGCCAUGUCGUCCGGGGCUACGUGGGCAACAAGGCGGCGACUUUCCCCCUACAGGUGUUGGGCUUUGAAAUAGAUACUGUGAACUCUGUCCAGUUUUCAAAUCAUACAGGUUAUAAUCAUUGGAAGGGACACGUAUUAAAUUCAAAUGAACUUCAUGAACUGUAUGAAGGACUGAAACUGAACAAUGUGAAUCAUUACGACUAUGUACUUACUGGCUAUACCCGGGAUAAAUCAUUCCUUGCAAUGGUGGUUGAUAUUGUUCAAGAGCUGAAGCAACAGAACUCCAAUCUGGUAUAUGUGUGUGAUCCUGUGAUGGGUGACAAAUGGAGCGGGGAAGGCUGUAUGUAUGUUCCAAAGGACCUCUUUCCAGUGUAUAAGGAUAAUGUGGUACCUGUAGCAGAUAUAAUAACACCAAAUCAGUUUGAAGCUGAGUUACUUACUGGCAGGAAGAUACAUACUGAAAAAGAAGCAAUAGAGGUAAUGGAUAUGCUCCACAAUAUGGGACCAGAAACGGUUGUAAUCACCAGCUCAGACCUUCAGGCACCCUCAGGAAACGAUUAUCUGAUUGCAUUAGGAAGCCAAAGGAGAACUACAGCAGAUGGCACCAUAGUGACACAAAGGAUCCGAAUAGAAUCUCCCAAAGUAGAUGCUGUCUUUGUUGGAACAGGAGAUCUAUUUGCUGCUAUGCUCUUGGCUUGGACUCACAAACACCCAGACAAUUUUAAGAUGGCCUGUGAAAAGACAGUUUCAGCGAUGCAACAUGUUUUGCAAAGGACCAUCAAGAGUGCAAAGGCCGAAGCUGGAGAAGGAAACAAACCUAAUUCAGCCCAGCUGGAACUGAGGAUGGUCCAAAGCAAAAAGGAUAUAGAAAAUCCAGAGAUAAUAAUAACUGCUACUGUGUUAUAAAGGUUGUGUAUCUCCUAACAACGCACAAUGUAUUGAUGUCCUCAUUUUCUUUCCUGUAAAUUGUGAUGUUUGCCUUAGAUCUGUGACAGAAACCUGACUUCCAUGAAAUAGUGCCCAGCAUAGAUGAGAUCCACUACCAAGCACAUGUGCUGGACUUGCUUGAAUUAAGAAGAGAAAAAAAGUUAGGUGUGUAUUACAGCUCCCUCCCAGGUAUGAAAAUGGCUGUCAAAUUAAUUUAAUCUCAUUAUAAAACCUGGGUAUAAGCACGCAAGGUUUCCUGCCUUGCCAAAGAUUUCAAGACGGAGUAUAUAAACUGUGAUGAAGUGUCAUGUGCCAAUUAAGUAGUUUACCAUUUCCCUUAAAUGAAGAGGUUUGGUAGCCUGCUAAAUAUUCAGUACCUCAACUGGAGCAAAAGAGAGGUUCAGGCAAUGUAAAGGGAUGGGUGGGUGGGUCUUUAGGUACUGUACACAGGCCUUGGAGGUAUAACAUGUCUGAACCAUUCCCAUCUGUGAAUAAAUCCAAGAUUCCACUGUCCAGAGGUGCUAAUCCUUUAUUAUCAAACUAUUAAACAUAUCCCAUGUCAUAUUUUUAUUUAGAAAGAAUAAUGAUGUGUAGAAUAUAAUGGUGAUUCUACCUCUGAUAGAAUAGGUUUGAUUCAAUUUUAUCAGUUUUUUCCUUAACCAAUACUUACUGUAAAAUCUGAGUAUCCCAGUUCAUCUUCUGACAACUAGGAGUGAUGUGAAAGGCUAUGUGUUUCAUAUUAAGACCAAUUCAUUGUUUAUUGCUGCGAGUGAGGGUAUUCCUGCUCUAUGAAUGGAAAAUUAAAUUAAAGCACCAUCUAAUAAAUCAGUUACACCAGAGGCAGAGUUUUAACACACUAGGCAUUGCUGUUGCAGUUUCUAUCCCUUUCAAAAAAUAGCACACCGGAAAAGAACAUAGAUUUUUCUGGGAGUUUAAUGCCCAUUAAUAUUGAUUAACCAGUACAGACCAAUCUCAUGAAUUUACAGUUAUUAAUGUUUUACUCUAAAAUAAUUAAGUUGUACAUUGCAGUGAAAUGUAAAUAUGCCUAAAUACUUUGGAAAUCAGUAGAGAACAGGACUUCUUUUGAAUGCAAUCUCUUUGAAUAUAUUGGUGUAGGCUUUCAUGGCCAGUAUCUGUUGUGAGGUGUUGGGCUUCAGGGUGGCCUAGACAACAGAUUUUUUGAUGUUUCACUGGCAACUGUGUUUGUGGCCAUCUUUGCCUCUGAAAGAACCAGCUACAGUUGCCAACUAAGCAUCAGGAACCUGUUGUCUAAACCUCAGUCAUUAAACCCUGACACCCUCUUCCGCCCAAUCUCUUUGAAAUUACUAAAUUGGCUUUGAUUCUCUUUAUCUAUUAGUCUUAAGAUCAUGCACAGUUAAUUUUAAAUCUUUAGUCUCAUUUCUUUUCCCCCAUUGUUGAUUUUUUCAUAAGUAAUAUGGAAUAGAAAAAACAGGGUAUCAUAUCAAUCCACGAUCCUUCUUCUUUACAGGUAAUCAGGGUAUUUUCAUUAUUUCUAUAAAUAUCUUUUUCUUGGGACAUCUUUGAAUCUCAGAUUCUUGCAAAAGUGCUGUCAUUAACACAUGAAACUCUUGAACCAACCUGUGAAAUCCAUUCUUAGAAUCUUAAAGACUUAUUAACUUUCAUUCAUUAAAAAUAUUUAAAUGAUCUAACCUUCAUACACCUGAAAGGGUUUUUCUUUCUUUCUCCAAAGUGGUCUUCAGCAUCAAACAAGUUUCUCACUUGUGGCCUAUUUUAGGGCUAGGGCAAUAUAAGACCUUUUCUGUCUUCUGGAAUAGCCUUUCACUAAUGGGUAGGCAUUAAUGUCUUUGCUAAGCAUGACAGCAGCAUGGGCGGUAAACUGUCUAUCUACAUCUUGCCUGCAGAAAGAAUUAAAAUGUAAACAACACUUGCAUAUCAUUGAUUGUUUUCAUAAACUACAUUGGCCAAAUAUUGCCUACAUGCCCUGUCCAGCCUUUUGGUAUGCAAUCUCAUAGCAUCUGUAUUGGAAGCUUAAAGACAUUUUGAACCACUUCCUAGACACUGCAUUGUUUUGGAAGCCAUAUUUGCUUCUUUUACUAGAAAAUGCCAGUAUACGCCCUUUUUCAUAGCUUCAAGCAUUCCAUUAGAUGAAUCAACCUCAUCUUGGUAGAAUUCUGAUUUCAGGUUUUCAGGUUAAAGCACAGGAGAUUCCGACACUAUCACCCAGUUAUAUCUUGACUGGAUACCUGGUUUGCUAUAGAAACAAUACCUUGAAAAGUUUUAUUUAAUAGUUUAGACCAAUGGAACUCUUUUUUUUCUUUGUCUCUUUUUCACUUUGAAUAAGAACUUCUUUUACCUACUUUUUUAUUGUUGGAGACAAAAUACCAACAUGAUUUCUGUUAAAACAUGUUUAACAGAUCUGAGAGAAAUGCAUUCCCUUUAAGAUUAGAACAAAAGGCAAACUCUGUAUCUGAAAAAGUAUUUCUCUUGUUGAAAUAUGGAAAAAUUCUAUAAUUGACUGAAAUUUGAAGUCAUUUAUCUAUUGUUAACAUUUCCAUGAAAUAACCUUUAAGCAGUUAAAAUGUAGGAAAUGUGACAAUCUACAACCACAUGAGAUUCCUGCCAACAGAACCAAACAAAGUAGUUAUGUCAACAAUUGCCAUUCUAACUUUUAAAAAAUCCAAUAUCAGUGUUCACUGCCCUUUCUAUAUCCAACAUAGUAUUUGGACUGGGGGAAUAUAAUUUUGGAAAAAAAGCUGAGCACAGAGACUUUAAAUCUGGACAUUUAAAAGUGUAUAGAACAUAUCAAGGAUUAAAGUUGCAUUUUAUGCACAAUUUGGGGAAAUUUGAAAAUUGACAAUCAUCAUUCUUGCCCUGUGCUCCUAGUAGGUGAAUUAGUGCCAUAAUAUUCCUAAAUCUGGGGCAACUAUAUUGAGGCUCAUCAUCUUUCAUAGAAAAAUAGAUAUUUAAAGCUGCAAUAAUCAAAAAUAUGCUACCAAUUAAACUGGUAAUUCUCUAGGAGAAUUAAUUUGUCUUUUACAAAAUUAGCUGCCUUUUCCCUUGUCAUACAUUAACUAGUAUAUAUUAACUCAAAUUGAGCAUUUGGAUUUGGUUUUUUCUUAGAUAAAUAACAAUUAUUUUAUUUUUAAAGAAAAGGUGAAUGUUUAUUCAAUGCAGAAUUUUAAUUAUGUUAAACCUUCUCAAAUGCCUUCUCUUGUAGAAUAAUCACCAAGUCAGUACAACUGUAACCUUAGCCAGGCAUCCAGCUAGUCUGGAGAACAGCAAAGUAUUCCUUUUGGAGGAAAGAAAAGAUCCCUUCAAAAUCAACCUUCAUCUUCACUUUAUAAUAAAGUUUAAAUAUUACUUUAAACUGAUGUAUUUUAAUACUAAAUAUUAUUUAUCUGUGUUUUUAAAUCUGUGCUGGCUAAUUUUAAUCAUUCCCCUAAUUCUGAGGAAAAUUAAGCAAACACUGUUGCUCCUGCUACAGACAUUGAUUCUUAUGUUUGAGACUCAACAGGAAGUCACUAAAGAAAAGGAGAUAUAAAAGUUCAGUAUGUUAUCACAGAUCAUUGGUAGUUGCUGAGAUUUUUAAUUGCUUUACAUUAUCUGAUUAGAUAUAUACAGUAAAACUACAUAUUGCAUAGAACAGUGAUUGAGUUUCCCUAUGACUGUUUUUUCUUUUAGCAACCAGUUCCCAAUACUUUUGGAAUCAGAAGUACACAAAGCUACUAACAAAUACUUCAUAUAUCGGCAUAAUCUUUUAAAGGAAAGAACAUUUCAUAGAGUUGUUGUCCUACUUACAGGCCCAUCCAUGUCAUUUUUAUCCUCAACUGAGUUUCAAUAUAUACAUUAUAGAUGACUGUUCCCCAAGUAUACACGUCAGGCACCAACACUAUCCUCACACAUCUGCUUUUAUCUGGAAUAAGGAAAGAAGAUGCUGGCAGUAUCCAAUCAUCUCUCUCUGUCCAUUUUUUCUCCAAAAAGCAGUGAAAUAGAUCAGAAGAGAGGCAAGGAUUUGCUAUAACCAUAGAUGGGUUUGGGUAACACAUAGGCAUCAAAAUUUCUAAAUAAAUCCUGUAAAAUGCUGUUUUUUUUAAAAAAAAAUGUGCUAUCACAGGAAGUCUCACCAUUCUUCUGUGGGAACUCAGGAUGAGAUAAUUGUAUGUCAUUUUGGCAUUACAAAAAUGCAGUUAUGUGCUUGGCACUUUCAGUAUUGUGUGAGAUUGUAUAAUGAUAUCCACCAUUUCUAAAGAUUACCAGUCUCUAUCAUAAACCAUAGCAAAUUCACUGGCUGAAUUAUACAAACAAUAGAGUGGUUUCUUGGCUUGCCUUUAGCCAGUAUCCUAAAGUGUGAACCUAACUAUGUUUUUCCGCCUCAGCAAUUUAAAAUACUUUAAUGCAAGGAACUAGACUCAUUCUUUCUCUCUCUACACACACACACACGCACGCAAACGGAAAGACAUAUGGACACAAAGCUGAUCUUGCCUAGAUAAGAAACAUGCUGAAACUAAAGAAGUUAAAUAGUGUGUAUUUUAAUAUUGGCAGAAGUAUAACCAUGUUGACAUAUAACACUAAAUUGAAUAACCACUACUACUUUUUAGUAGUUAUUUUAACAAAAAUGAAUGGUGGUGAUAAUUUCUAGCUCUUAUGUAUCCCACUUUUGGCAAGGACCGUUACAGUAUAUCUGCGAAACUAAUUUUUAUUACUAUGGUUUGAAUUGUUUGUGAUUCACAAGAAGCCAAUCAUGUUCUUUAAAAAAGUGUAACUGAAUUCUGACAUGCUUAGAUUUUAAACAAAAUAGCUUCAGAAGAUGACAAUGCUGUGCACAGAAAUCAAUAGCAGGGAAAUGGUUAAGCAAUUAAUUAUCUCCUUGAAGUUAUUUUUUUUCUUUAAAAUAUACUGCGUGAGGAACAUCUACUACAUUUGCACAUAGUGUAAUCUUUUACUAACUCAUCAGCAGGACCAAAAUUCAUGUAAAAUGAAGCUUAAAUUAACUUUAAUGUAUUCAAUUCUUUCUCACAACAUUGAACAUAAUAACGUAGAAAAUAAGUAGAAAUACGUGUGUGAAAACAUACAAAUCCUUGCAUUUUAACAUGCUUUUGAGAAACAUGUACAGAUACUAAAACUGCUUUCUUUUGAUAUUUCUUUACCAAAUUGUAUUCAAAAUGCAUCAAAUCUGAUCAAUGCAAUACUUUACAAAGAAUUUAGAGGACCAAGAUUUCUAGCUAAAGAUACUGCCUUGUUGAGUUCCCUGAUCUUGGUGUUAAUUAUAAUCUUUCUGAUACUGUUAUCAUACUUGUUCCUUGAUUCAUAAUAAAUAGCAAGAAAGAUUGUAUCUUUAUUCAAUACUACUGUGAAUAACUAUGGUUAGAUUUUCUUUUUGUUGUAAGGUAUGUCAAACUUAAACAAAACCAGAUUAGUUAAAUCAGGUGGCCUUUAUUUUAUUUUAUUUUAUUUUUCAUUACUUGAUAUGAACAUGUGGAUGAUGAUUGAGGAUCAUAAUGUGAAUGGUGGCUGAGGAUCAUUAUCAGCAUGUGAAAUGUCUAAAGAGAAUCAACAGUCAAAUAAUCAUGAGUUCAUACAAAGAGCCCAAUCUACUAAAGAAUGAGCUUUUUUCAUCCUAAAGUGGCAUGGUUAUCGGUAUCAUUUAAUUAAGUCGUAUGGAGAAGAACUAUACAAAGUUUUGGAUGUUUUAUUUGGAAUAUUCAUGAACACAAAGGUAGCACUUGUCUGCAGUGCAUUAAAUCAGCCAUUUUGUUUCCCAAGACUAAGCAGCUGUUUUAAAGUAUUGCAUGCAGGAUCAAAAGUACCUUUUGGAAAUCAAUUCCAAAGGACUACAUAGUCCUUGUAAUGAGGUUUUAAUCUAUAUAAAGUGUAGAUAAAAUGGAUGAUGAGCAUUUCAUUACAUAUUCUGUACAUCUAUCUAGUUUGAUAUGUUUACAAAGUAAGGUAGGGAUAUUUAAAGUGACUAAAUUUAUAACUGAACUUUAGAAAUUGCCAGAUGUGUAACAAUGAAUUUAAUCUUUUUCUCUGCUUCUGAUCAUUGUUGAUUUGGUGGCUCUAAUGCCAGCAAUGGCCCAUGGCCUUUAGAUUAAGGCUAGGGGGAUAGGGGGUUGAUCAGUGCUUGCUACUACAUUAAAUUGCCUUUGUACUCUCACAUUCAGUAUAAAAAUAGUUGGGGAAAAGUAUACAGAAACUGACUGUAUUAUUGAUCAGUUAUUCUGAUCUUUGAGCUGCUUACACAAAAAUCUGCAUUUACAAGAACUGGAAACUUCUAGUGGGAAAAGAAUACUAGAGCCAGCAAUAUCAACUAAUAGACCCCUCUCAUUCCAUUUCCCCCCAAGAGUCUCCUGCUUUUAAACUUGAAAUGUUGUGGACCAUGUCUGUUUGUGAUGUAAACUGUGGCCUAAUAUUUCUCCUUUCCUAAUGUUAGAGAUCAUCCUGUACAAAUUUAAAUCAUAUUAAUGACAAGGUAACAUGACUUGGAGUGCUAAUUCAGCAAAGUUGCAAUUUGAGAACUUUAUUGAACUAUUUCAUUCAAAUCUAAAACACUGUGUUAGGUGUUGAGUAGUUAAUAGAUCACCUGCAUGGGAAAUGGCAGAAUUCCAGCUGAAUUAGAAUACUGAACUUCUUCCUUUAGGGAUGUUACACAUGCAAAUGCAUUUGUGUUUUCUCAAAUUUUUAAGAAGCAUAAAAUUUAGUCCUUAAAUACAUCCUAAAAGAAUGGAAGUGAUGUUUAUGGUGAAAUUGGCAAAAUAUAAAAAGCAAAUAUAGCAAAGAAACACACUACCCUCUUGCUUCCAUUUGGAUUAAAGUGAGGCUAUGGAGAAGGAUGUGCUAUUUUGGCCAACUGCAUAUACUAUUUUCCAAAAGUCUAGUCCUAGGUCUGGAUGAUGUCAUCCAAAGACAAUUGAUACCCGUGCAACUGGUACUGGUACUCCAAGUUUGCCUGCCUUUUAAAGCAAAAAUGUAUUCUUGAACUUAAGACUUGUAUCAAAAAUCAUAGUUUGGGUGCAUUUAAAGAACACAAAGUAGAGGAAGCACAUAAAAAAUACUGUUAAAUUGUGCCAUAUGUUGAAAAGUGGAAAUUAUGUGUAUCUUUGACAUAUUGCCUUUCAUUGCAUUGCUUAUUAGAAUAAUAGUUGUGUCUAGAAAAAUGUGGCAUGUUUUCUCUCUGUGUGUCUUAAAGUUCUAUGUACAUGAAAUUAACGUAGAAAUUGAAGGCUUAGCAGUGCAGGCCUUCAGCAAGGGAAAUAAAAUUAUAUAUUUUUAUAGACAGUUGUACAAUUUUAGGUCUCAGCUACAGUACAUCAUAUCAGCUUCUUCCAAGAAUGUAAAGCUGCAAGAUUGGAUAGAAGAGGAUGGCUGUGGAAAUGAGAAAGAGAGUUUGAUCAACCCCAACAGCCCUAGAUGGAUUUAAUUAAAGAUGCCUUUGAAAUAUAUUUUUAGCUCUAAAAUAUUAAAUGGAGAAUAUUUGCGAGCAAACUUUCUAUGUCUAUGACAUUUGUGUAGUGCUUUGUAUUGAAGAAAUCAAAUGGUUCUAUGUUUAUACUUCUUAUUAAUUGUUCUUAAGUUGUAGGGACAAUAAGUAGACAAAUAGUUUUUAUUCCAGAAAAAAAGAAUCUACGUGAUGUGCAGUUGUGUAUAACUGUUAGUGGCCACUGUCCCUAUGAAGAAUGUUGUUUGUAUAUUUUCUGGUUUGGCACAUGUGACUUUUAUCCAUUUUGUAGUAAAGUUUACAUGCUAAAAUAUGUAAUAAGUAGAAAGAUAAUAAAGUCAAUGAGCAAUCUAA